AUGAGUCAACCAAAAAUAGUCAUAAUUGGAUCGGGUGCUUCCGGUAUUGCCUGUGGCACAAAACUACUCGAUUAUGGUUUCGAAAAUGUGAUAAUUGUCGAAGCAGAAUCGCGUAUCGGUGGCCGUAUACACACCAUACCCUUUGCCGACAAUGUCAUUGAUUUGGGUGCCCAAUGGUGCCAUGGCGAAAAGGACAACAUGGUCUAUGAAUUGGCCCAUAAACACGAUCUGCUCGAGUCCACCGGCGAUGUCUACGAAUCAUAUCAAUGUGUCCGCUCUAAUCGUGAAGUUGUACCUGAAGAUGUCAGUCAACGACUGAAAGACAUUGUAAACGAUAGUCUGGUGACACGACAAAUGGAGCUACGCAACUGCAACGGUUCGCUGGGCAGCUAUUUGAAUAAUAAAUUCUAUGAGGCUUUGCGGCGACCGGAAAAUUCCGAUAUUGAUAUGGCGAUAGCCAGGGAGUUUUUCGAAAACUAUAAGAAAUUCGAAAAUUCCGUUGAGGCUUCGGACACAUUGGACGAUGUAUCGGGUAAGGGUUAUUUGGAAUAUUGGGAAUGUGAGGGCGACAUCCUGUUAAAUUGGAAGGACAAAGGCUAUGUGGAAUUUUUACGUCUGCUAAUGAAGUCGCGAGAGGUGAAUAAGGAGUGGGGAAUUUUGGAGAAGAGGAUUUUACUCAACAAACAGGUGACGAAAAUUGAGUGGAACCGCAAUGAUUGCUGUGUGCAGAUACGUUGCGAGGAUGGUGAUAGCUUUGUGGCGGAUCAUGUGAUAUUAACCGUAUCCCUCGGUGUGCUGAAGGAACAGCAAAUAAAAUUAUUCGAACCCAAGUUACCGGUGGAGAAACAACGGGCCAUUGAUGGUCUGGCAUUUGGUACGGUCAACAAGAUUUUCAUAGAAUUCCCGCAGCAAUUUUGGCCCGACAAAUGGACUGGCUUUACGAUGCUGUGGCGGGACGAAGAUAUUAAAGAGAUUCGUGGCACAUCACGGGCCUGGCUGGAGGAUGUUUUUGGCUUCUAUUGUGACCACAAUCAACCUAGGCUGUUGAGCGGCUGGAUAAUUGGUGCCAAUGGCCGCCACAUGGAAACACUGCCCGAAGAUGAAAUACUCGCAGGUUGUAUGUUUUUAUUUAGGAAAUUCCUACAAUGGGAGAUACCCGAACCCAGUAACUUCCGUGUAUCCAAAUGGUAUACCAAUGAAAAUUUCCGUGGUUCCUAUUCAUUUCGUUCCAUGUACACCGAGGAAGUGGGCACCAGUGCCCGUGAAUUGGCACAGCCGUUAAGUGUGGUGACCACCAAACCGGUAUUGAAUGGUGAACCGACAGUGGAACCGCUAUACAAUCAAUCACGUUGUGAUAAACCCAUAGUGCAAUUUGCCGGUGAGGCAACAAGUGAUCAUUACUUUUCGACGGUACAUGGUGCCGUGGAGGCCGGCUGGCGUGAGGCAACACGUUUAGCCGAUUUCUAUGGCAUGUUGAGGAAAAGCACCGCUGCUGUCAAAUCAUCAUUAUAACAAUUUUAGGACUUUAAAUGU